GAGCCGUGAGUGGCCCUUGCUGGGGAGAAACGGAGCAUCUGGCCGCGCGGAGGGGAAGCCUGAGGUGCGCUCGCGAAGGAAGCGAGCUGCAGCGUUACGUGCUGGAUCUUGCUCGCUUUUACUCCCUGGAGCCGAGUGAAGAAGCGUUUGUAAUAGCAAAGGGCAAAUGACUGGAUUUUCAGCAUCUAGCUGAUAUGAUGGGACCGAGCAAGCCAUCUACAUCUGAUGUUAAAUUUGCGUCUGAUACCCCACUAUACAGGAAUGAAGCAACAACCUUACGAACACAGCUCCAGUUUAAUAGGAAUGUUCCUGCCAUUCCAGAGAAUUUGCCUGUCAGAUUCUUUAGCCCUUCUCCAAUUAUAAUUGAAAAGCUGAAGCCAUCAAAUGAUCAGAGAAAUCUAGCUGGCAGUGAAGGUUCCAGCAUAAGCAGCUCUGGCAUGUUUUCAGUGGUAUCUGAAGAGAAACUAAAAUUUGCUGUUCAGCUAGCCAAAAGGGACGUAAAACGAAGACAUUGUGAAGAGCAACUGAAACAGCAGGUUUUUGGAGUUGUUGCUGAUAAACAGUUGUUGGCCAAGAAGUCACAACAACACAAAAAUGAACUAUUCCAAAAUCUGGAAGAGAAAAAUGCACUGAAGUCUUGGACUCCCUUGAAAUAUCAGCAGAAACUUGGUCAGCCUUCCAAAGUGGAGACCGCCAGCUCUGGUGCUAAAGUUUAUCUUUAUACAUCAAAUGAGGGAAAGCUAAUACCGUUUGUUUUAGACUCUCCACCCACCCAUGACCCUGGACCAGGCUCCAGGACAAAUGUCAGAAAAAAAGAAGAUGAAAAUAUACAGGAAGUCCGACGUCUGCAAAAGGAAUUGAGGAGUUGUAUCCAGAAAAUUGAAGAACUGGCUAAAAAAGAGAGAAGUGAAAUUUUGGAUCCUGGUGAAGAGCAACGAAUUCGCAUUAGGAGACAGGAACAAGCUGCACGGUCAGCUCGGAGAUUGUAUGUUCUCCAACAACAAGUAAAAGAAAUUCAGGAUGAUUUAGAGAAACUGAGUCCUCAUAAAAUCAAACAUACUAAAAAGUCUCAAGCAGUAUCCAGAUUGGCUGCAGCACACAGAGGAGCUAUACGAGCCUUGCAAACGUUUGCCAAUCAGUUUACUGAUCAAACAGAGCAACAGGUUCCUACCCACUACAAGGAACUGGGCAGUCUCAUUCGACAACUGUCUCUCUGCUCUGCCAAACUAGAAAUGGAUUCUUCCCUUUCUGACACUAUCAUAGAUAUCCUGCUACAAGUUGAGGAUCUGGAUUCGUUGCUGGAAAAGAAGCAAACACCAAAAAAAGCAAAGAAAUGUCUUUCAGCAUCUCAGGGCAAAUCUCCAGGAAACAAUGAGAUAUUUCCAGCCAGCGCGCAGCUUACAUCUCCGAAAGGAGAAAAUAAACCUCUCAUCUUAAAGGAAGAGCUUGGACAGGAACCUAGAAAACCUUCAGCCGCCAGGAGGCUCUUGAUUGACAAACGUGAGCUUGCUGCAAAUAUUUCAACAAUUCCAAACAGUUGUGCUCAUAUAUCACGCAGUGAAUUCCAAGAAGAAAAAGUCCCAUCUACUCUAGAGAAAAAUGCCAUUUUACAAGGAAGGUUAGAUGCACUAUCAAGAGCUGGAGCUGUAAAAAAAGGUCCUGUGCUUGAAAGUGACCCUUUGAGGAAGAAAGGAGUAUUACUACCUGCAAAAUCAAAGGGAGUGCCUAAAGCUCUAAAAUCAAGACACGUACAACCUCAGGGAAAGCAUGCCCGAUUUCAAGACACAACUGUAGCUUUCCAGUUAAAAGAGAGCAAACGACCAAUUAAGGAGAGCAGAAUACCCUGGGUACCUCCAAACCCUACAUCUCCUCCUGCUUCACUAAAACGUACUGUCAAGAUACCCAGGAAUGCAAGAUCCAAGGAACCCAUUGGUAACUCAGCUUCACAGAAAAGGAAGGCAGAAGAAAAAAGACUAGGUCUUGUGGGAAAAGAAGCUGUCAGAUCACAGGGUGCUUCUCCAACCCAGCUUACAGACAAAGUUGAAAGCGUAGUACAGGAGCACUUAAAACCUCUUUUGGACAAGGCACAGAAGGUCAGUCUCUCCAUGGAAACAAGCAGUCAUUUGAAGGAUUCUUCAUUUAUAAACAAGCUCUCAACUCAUACGGCUAAAAAGAUUGCAGCAAAUGCAGAUACCCUGAGCGAAAAGCUACUGGAUGAUCUUUUGCAAGAUACUGCUCAGGAGCUCUGGAGCAUGGAGUGGCAGGAGAGACUCCAGUCCCAGGUACUGGCCAUGGCUGACAGUCCUCGUUUGGAAACAAUGUUGCAAAGAAUGGAAGAUAUUGAAAAAUACCAGGAAGCUGUGCGCAGGAGACUUACCCAGAUUGUGUACAGUGAUUUGGAGUUCUGGGCCCAGGAAGAGAAAAGAGAGCAGCAAAAUACUUCAAUAGCUAAAAGACCUUCCUCUCCACAUCCAAUUCAGAUAACUAAAUUAGUUGGACAGAAAGAGCCAGAAAUAGACAUUAUUUUUGAAAAACCUUUUGAUGGCAAUGGUGUUGAUGAAAACAGAGAAUCAGAGGAGAAAUUGCAGCCUGGCAGUGACAUUCUGCAGCCCUUGAAUCAGAGCAUGUCUCUGCAGAAUAAGUGCUAUGUUUCUCUCUCUGUUCCAAAGCAUAUGUUCCAGAACAUCUUGGAUUAUAACAACAGAUACAAGCAUCACCUAAAGCUCAUUUCCCAUGAGGCAGUGGGCAGUUUCAAUCCAUGGCAAAUUGCUGAGAGUCUUGCAGAUGAACUGACCAAAGAAGCCCUAUGUGAUGUGGCAGCAGAGUUGCAGGAUAUUUGUGAGGAUUAUGCAGAAGCUGUGUUCACCUCAGAGUUUUUGCAGCCAACAUAGUAAAUGCUUUUAAUUUUACCCCAUUAAUGCAGUGUCCAGCCUCAGUCUAACAAUUUUAUCAGGUGAUCUUAUUUUUCAUGUUUUUUGAAGUCUGUUUGAGAUUCUACUCACUGAAUGAAUUAAAUCCAACAA